AUGUUUUGCAACGCUCGCCGAAAAUUCGAAGGUCCUUCCUAUAGAGGGGCAAAAGUCAUGAGUUGGGAAAACGAGAAAUUAUCUUAUAGAGCUAUGAAAAAAAUAACGGGGCUUAAUUGUCAUCGUGGCUUGGGUAUGCAAAAGCGAAUUGGGAAUUCAAGUUCGAGUUUGAGUACGAGUUAUGGAUUUGGGUUUUAUUGGACAUGUUGUAAUCAUAUUUGUGCAAAGGCAAAGGUUAUGGGUCCUUUGGGGGGUUUAAUGGAAAUUUUUGUUAGGGGGCCGUGUAAGAGGAAGAACUCGCUUGCGGAGGAUAAAUGUGGAGAGUGUGGGCAUGAGGUUUGUGGUUAUUGUGAAAAGGUUGCUGAGUGUUCAGGGACAAAUGCGACUGGAAAGUCGAGUAGAAACGUAGGCCAUUAA